AUGGAUAAUAUUACGGAGCAACGCGUGUAUAUUAAAUUUUAUUUCAAAAUUGGUAAAAAUGCUACGGAAACUUUUGAACUGAUUAAAUUGGCUUUUGGAGAUGUUUCACUAAGCCGCUGUGUAACUUUUGACUGGUUCAAACAUUUUAAAGAAGGUCGGAUAUCCAUUGAAGAUGAUCAUCGUCCUGGGCGUCCAUCAUCAUCAAAAACAAAUGAUACCAUUGAUCUUGUUCGAAACAAAAUUAGAAACGACCGAAGAUUAACUGUUAGAGAAGUAGCCAAUGAAGUUGGUAUAUCAAUUGGCACUUGUCAUUCAAUUUUAUCAGAUGAAUUGGGUAUGAAAAGAGUGUCCGCAAAAUUAGUACCAAAAUUGUUAACGGAGGAGCAAAUGGAACAUCGCAUUGAAAUGUGUUUAGAACUAAAAAAUCGGGUUUCUAAUGAUCCAAAUUUUAUUAAAUCAAUUAUUACGGGUGAUGAAACAUGGGUAUAUGGAUAUGAUCCCGAAACCAAAGUGCAAUCAUCGCAAUGGAAGACCGCAAAUUCACCUCGUCCAAAAAAAUGUCUUCAUUAUGAGUUUGUACCUACGGGUCAGACAAUAAAUCAAGUGUUUUAUAAACAAGUAUUAGAAAGAUUAAGAGAGAAAGUACGCCGUAAAAGACCAGAAGUGUGGAAAUCAAAACUGAAAAGUACCCUCAAAGGCCAUAGAUUCGAAGACGUUGACGAAACUAUCCAUAACGCGACACAAGAGCUAAAGGCUAUAACUAUGGAGGAAAUUCAAAGGAGUUUCAAAAAGUGGCAAGACCGUUGGGAGUAUUGUAUUAAAGCUAAAGGACACUAUUUUGAAGGUGAUCCAUUUAAAUAG